AUGCUUCAUCAUGCCAAACUAGACAAUUGUUUCUGGGCCGAAGCAGCGAUGACGGCCAUCUACGUCAAGAAUCGACUGCCGUCACCUAAAGUCGUGCACAAGACCCCGUUUGAGAUCGUCUACAACUUGAAACCAAGUGUCAAGCACAUGCGCGUGUUUAAAUGUCGGGCGUUUAUCCUGACACCAAGGGAGAAGCGAUUGAAGUGGGACCCGAAGGCUCGUGAAGGGAUGUUCAUGGGCUACGAAGAAGCGUCAAAAGCUUAUCGAUUGUACGACAUUGAGGCGGACCAAGUGGUGAUCAGUCGUGACAUCACCUUCGACGAAUCGACUUUUGAUUUUUCAUUGGACCGACCAAGUGACGAUUAUGAAGAUGCGGAGUUGGACCUCGACCUCCUAGCGAUCAACGAGGACGACGUGCGUCAAACCGUCUACAAGAAGACUGGCAAGCGCAAGAGUGAAGCAAGACCCGGCAUGUCACGUUCAGCUCGCCCUCGAACUGGGUUGGAACAAGCAAGUGCGCCGGCACACGUCUCCAACCGUCACCAGAAACGACGAUCAAGUGCUCCAGAAAAGAUGUCUGAUGACGAAGAAGAUGCAAGCGUCUACGAUCAAGAUGACGACUCGACGCCUUCAACAUUUUGGCGUGCAAGUGCAAACGCAGUGGAAGCAACGGACCUAGCAGAACCUGUGACUUUUCAAGACGCGAUCAAUGGUCCUGAUCAAGCUCACUGGCGAAAUGCUGUGAAGGCGGAACUCAAGUCGAUGCAUCUUCGUGGAGUUUUCCGUGCGGCAAAACUACCAAGAGGCCAAGGCGCGAUCGGCACCAAGUGGGUGUUCAAGAUCAAGCGCAAAGCGGAUGGAUCGGUCGAGAAAUACAAGGCGCGUCUCGUUGCCAAGGGCUUCAAGCAGAAGUACGACAUCGACUACACAGAGACGUUCUCGCCCGUGGUCAAGUACGUGACACUGCGUAUGGUGAUCGCGAUCACCAAGUAUUUCGACUGGCCACUGGACCAACUCGAUGUGGUGACAGCCUUUCUCUACGGAGUGAUGAAGGAGAAGGUGUACUGUGUGAUACCAGAAGGCGUCGAGAUGGAUGGCGACUUCGACUGUCUCGAGUUGGUGAAGGCGAUCUACGGUCUCAAGCAAGCUUCACGUGUGUGGAACGAGACUUUCGACGAGUUCGUAUGCUCUAUCGGUUUCGAAGCGUCGGCGUUCGACCCAUGUCUCUACAUCAAGGUUGUCGACGGUCACUGUGUGCUUAUGCUGGUCUACGUGGAUGACGUGUUGGUCACCGGCAGCUCGCUCGAGUUGAUUGCGCAGACGAAGGCCGACCUCAAGACGCGUCUCGAGAUGACCGACAGUGGCAAGUGUACUUUUGUACUGGGCAUCAAACUGGUGGACGAAUCGGAUGGCAGCGUGACGAUGUGCCAGCGACGGUAUGUCAACGACAUCCUCAAGCGCUUCGGCAUGGAUGAGUGCAAGGCCACAGCAAGUCCGGUCGACUUGAGCACUCGGCUUGUCGCAAGCAGCGAAGCGGCCAAGAUCGACGUUCCGUUUCGUGAAGCUGUGAUGCUUUAA